UGUUUGGACUUUURUGCAUGAACGGUAGGCUUUUAUAGUCAUCAUGUGGAUAGCACGAUGCAACGCAKAAACAUAAGUGUGUGAGGAAAUCUCCUACAUAUCACACACAUAGCACUCUAACAUGAGCCCAUUCUUCWCAAAUGAAAUCCAUACUUCUUUUUCAAUAUAAAUCAUAGUUUGUAUAUGUCAAGCAUAAAAAGCAGGCAACAUUCUCCCUUUUCUGAUUUACAUCACCAUCUUUAUGAAUGGUAUGGUGCUUGGAGGUACAAGAACAGGGAUGGAUCCUGUCCACAAGUGGGAAGUAAGUAUAUAGAGCUGGCAAGACCGUGCUGCCCAACACUAGGCUCCCGGGUCAUAUUGAUUGGCUAGUAUGAACAGUAGGAGGAUUUAACAGUAAUCAAAUACAGAUGCUUCUACCUACAGUUCAGUGGAUGUGCGGGUUUGAGUCUGAGGAAGACAGGACAGCCAUGAUAUGGUGGUCUAUUGUGGUUAUCUAUCUUCAGUUAGAAGCUUCGAAAAAAACGUAUUGAUGUACUUGGCUCCAUUAACAAACAAAGACAAAGAAGAUAGAAAAUCSAACUAUUUUAUAUUUCGGCAGAAGUGUAUUGGAGUUGUGUGGGUCAGUUCCAAAGAGUCUACAUUUUGACAAGAGGACACUAGGUACUCUCUCUCAUACGACCCAAAUAAAGGGMUAGAAUCAUUCCCAAGCAUUCCAUUACCGUCCGACCUACAGAACGUAGCCCAGCGAAUGGACGAUCAUCAACCCGGCACACAGAGCUUCAUUCCCCGUGGCUCCAGUCUGCGCGUCGGUACCUACUAAACCGCCCAUGCGCUUGUCCAUAAGCUCGACCACCGGCAGCCGCUUCGAGCUCUCUGCCCAUCCGGGAGAGACGGUGGAGGUGGUGAGAAGACGACUUUCGCAAAAGCUCAGAGUGUCGAAGGAAAGAUUCGUCUUGCUGCAUAAGGAAGCGUGCUUGAGUAUAGGGAAACUCCAGGACCUGGGUAUAGUUGAUGGGAGUAAACUGAUGCUGGUCCCAACUAUUGAAGCAGGCUUAUUGACCCAACCAUCCGGAACAGAGCAGACCAUAAUGCAAGCUUUGGAGAGUUUAACUGAAACUCAGGUCAGUGAUUUCCUGUCUGGCCGUUCACCCCUGACCCUUGCCCUCGGGGUCGGUGAUCACGUGAUGUUUGUCCAUUUACAACUGGCCCCCCAGAAUGUUGCUGGGCAGCAGCAGAGACACCUCAUUGCCCGGAGCGCGGGCAUGGCUGGGGUUGAACAGGUGCAUCCUGUGAAAUGUGGAUCCACCAGGUUCCCUUACCCCCACCCUCACCCCUCCCCGGCMCACCUCUUCUCCAACACCCCAGCAAAUGGAGAGAAAGCCUCCCCUUUAACCUCUUAUGUCACCUACCCCUCUCACUCACCUAGUGCCACCCUCCGCUCCACCCACUCCYCCUGCUCAGGUCCUGGACCCCAGAGCCCAACCCCUGCCGCCACCUUCCCAGAGGGUGACUGCAGUGUGGCUGGUACUCCCACCUCUAAGAAACCAGCUGCCGGGGAACCAGGUGCUGUCAUAGAGAGCUUUGUGAGCCAUGCCCCAGGAGUCUUCUCAGGGACCUUCUCAGGCACUCUACACCCAGCCGGUCAGGACAGAACCAGAUCAUCCAGGCAAGGCAUCAACACCAUCCUCCAGAUCCUCAAUGACCUGCUUAGUGCUACUCGCCACCACCAGGGGGCUCCACUGUCCCUCUCCCAGCUCCGCUGCCCUCCUCCCAGCACUCCAACCAGCAGCACCCAGAGUACCCCCACCUCGCCCUCCCCACCGCCCUCACCUGUCACCCCGGAUCCCGUCACCACUGCUACCUCAGGACCACUUAUGGACCACGWCAGCCAGGGACAGAGCCGCUCAUAUAAACCUACUGCAGACCAGUGUUUCAGUCAGUCCAAGGAGAACCAGGCAUUGCGCUGUAAACUGGAGCGUCUUCAGAUAUUGAUGCACCAGAGACGCCUGCAUAGGUGGGCACGCAGGGACACACGCACCUCACGCCCCUACUCUCCUCACCACCAUCAGCCCUGGUCGCCUGGACGACGCAAAGCCAACACCAGGCGCCAUAGCAACAGCAACAUGUCCAGCAGGAUAGCUCUUCCCUGGAGUUGCCAUGGAAACCCGAGCUGCCCUCCGACCUUGUGAUGGCAUAGGAAAAAGAGUGAGAGGGAGAAAGUCCCAGUUGGUAUUAGAUAGAACCUUGCGGACCCGCGCUCCUGUGGGGAAAACAAUCUGUGAAUACCUAGGUUACCCCAUUGGCUCACAGUGAAAACUAGACUUUUUUCACGCAAUUUCUUGCUUUAGUCAAUUAUAAAACUAUAUUCAAAAAUAGUAAAACAUGUCUAAAGAUGACUUKUCAACAUUGCCAGCUCCAGUACAUAGCCUACUUGGACACCGGGUCGCCACAUUUCCCACUCUCCCAUGCCGAAUAGACUGAAGCCACAGGGCUCUUCUCGCAGGCUCUAUUUCCCUAUGUGGGAUCAUUGCGAACCGUAAAUCGGGAUUUUUGACCUGGUUACCUGUACAUUGAACAACACAUCAGCUCUUCUGGAUUUUUGUUAUUUCUGUAUAACUAAAAAUCGACGACGAAGUUGGCUGUUUUACAAUGGGAAUAUGAAAUAAUAUUUGUGGGCGUGGCCAAGGCGAAUUCCUUCUUAUGACGURAAUAACGACUCGGAGUAUGGAGUGGUUUUUGAGAGAGAGGGAGAAGAGCCGGACUGAAAAUGUAUGAUAGAUAGAGAAAAAUAAAGGGCUCCCAUUUGUACGUCAUUGUCUGUCCUUCUGAAUGGCUGAAUAGGAGAAAUAAGCUSUCCAUUUUGCCAUUGAUGGCUGGGACUCACUUGAUCUGACUGCACAAGGAUUCUUCAAAAAGACAACUGUGCCCUCCCAACUGUGCCCUCCUAAAAUAGUCAAAAAGGUUUAUUCACGGGAACGUUCUAAAGUCAAGAAUACAAAACAAUUCAUUUUAUACUGACUU